AUGGCGUCCAAAAGGCCCAACUUCCUCAUCAUCGUCGCCGAUGACCUGGGAUACAGCGACAUCGGGCCCUUUGGAUCCGAGAUCCCCACGCCGGCCCUCGACCGCCUAGCGAAAGAAGGUGCGAGGCUGACCAACUUCCACACCGCGUCGGCGUGUUCGCCCACGCGCUCCAUGCUCUUUUCCGGCACGGACAACCACAUUGCUGGGCUCGGCCAGAUGGUGGAGCAUAUGGCUUCGAGGGACAUCAUAUAUAAGGACAAGCCUGGGUACGAAGGCUACUUGAACUUUCGAGUUGCUGCCAUGUCGGAGAUUAUGCAGGAUGCAGGCUACCACACUAUCAUGUCUGGAAAAUGGCAUUUGGGGCUGACGAAAGAAACAUCCCCGCACGCGCGUGGCUUCGACGAUUCAUUCGUCUUUCUUUCUGGCUGCGGAAACCACUACAACUAUGAGCCCCAACUCGAUAACCCUUCCCAUGCCAUCUUCACGCCUAUGAACGCAGGCAAAUUUUGGAUGAAGGACGACACCUUCCUCGAUCGCACCAAGGACAUACCCCAGGACUUUUAUUCUACCAGCUCGUUCACAGAUAAGUUAAUAGACUAUAUCUCUCAAAACGACUUUUCCAAAAAGCCCUUCUUCGCCUACCUCGCCUUCACAGCCCCCCACUGGCCCCUACAGGCUCCGCGCGAAGUUAUCGACAAAUACCGUGGCUGGUAUGAUGAUGGUCCCGGUGCCCUGCGUUCUAAGCGUCUCCAGCGGCUCGUCCAUAUGGGAAUCAUUCCCAAGGAUGUGGAACCAGCGCCUGUGACUGUGGAACAAUGGAAGACGAUGAGCGAGAUGGAGCGCGCCGAGUCUGCGCGCAAGAUGGAGGUCUUCGCUGCCAUGGUUGACCUUAUCGACCAGCACAUUGGCCGCGUCAUUGACACCCUUGAAGCCAAAGGCGAGCUCGACAAUACCUUUAUCCUCUUUAUGAGUGACAACGGAGCUGAGGGUGCUAUGCUGGAAGCCAUCCCACUCAUGGGCGGUGCUAGCAGUGUAACGCAAAUUAUCAACAAGUACUACGAUAAUAGCCUUGAUAAUAUGGGGGCUCCCAAUUCAUACAUCUGGUACGGCCCCGAGUGGGCAUGUGCCUCGAUGGCGCCCUCGAGGGGCUUCAAGACGUGGAUCACUGAGGGCGGCAUCAGGUGUCCCUGUGUCGUGCGCUACCCUCCCAUCUGCAAGCCUGGCACUGUGACCAACUCGUUCGCCACGGUGAUGGACAUUCUACCCACUGUAGCUGACCUCGCCGGCAUUGCGCUGCCUCGUCCAGGGGAACCCUUCCGCGGAAGAAACGUCGUUCCUGUGCGGGGCUCGACGUGGAAGCCCCAUCUUAAUGGGACGGCGCCGAGUUUCCACAACGAAGAGGAAGAGAUUACAGGCUGGGAGCUCUUUGGGCUUCGGGCGAUUAGGAAAGGGCCAUGGAAGGCUAUAUAUAUGACGGCACCGAGAGGCAAGGACAGGUGGGAGCUGUACCACGUGGAGAAGGACCCUGGUGAGCUUCACGAUUUGGCAGAGAUGGAGCCUAAAAAGCUACAAGAGAUGGUGCAGCACUGGGAAACGUACUAUGCCGAGACGGGCAUGUUUGACCCAGGGCAUGAUUUCCCCAUGGUGAAGUAUGGUUAG